UGCCAUAGUUUAGUUGACCGAGUUGACGUUUGACGGGCUAUUCGAAUGCACGUAUAUUUACAAGUAAAUAUGUUUCCAGUACUCCGUAAUUCGAGCAGAACGAAAAUAUCAUCUGUUUGCAAAUUCCAUUCUGCACACAUACAAUGCGUCAAAGAAAAGGCUUUUUCUCAAAAACUAGAAGACGGUCCCGAUUUUAAAGAUUUUGUCGAAGAAUACGAUGGAAAAUUAAAAUUAGAAAAAGGAGAUAAAUCUCGUUUAAGGUUACCGCCUUGGCUUAAAACCGAGAUACCGAUGGGUAAAAAUUAUAGCAGAAUAAAGUCGCAGUUAAGACAGUUACGGCUAAGUACUGUGUGCGAGGAAGCACGAUGUCCUAACAUUGGAGAAUGUUGGGGAGGUGACAAACACGGGACAGCAACCGCUACUAUUAUGUUAAUGGGCGAUACAUGUACCCGUGGUUGUCGUUUUUGUUCUGUAAAAACAUCACGUGCACCCUUACCAUUAGAUCCAGAAGAACCAGUAAAUACAGCAACGGCUAUCACAGACUGGGGUUUGGAUUAUAUUGUGCUUACAUCUGUCGACAGAGAUGAUUUAAGCGACGGUGGAGCAAGUCACAUUGCAGAAACAGUAAAAGAAAUUAAGAAAAGAAGCAAUAUUUUCGUGGAGUGUUUGGUACCAGAUUUCAGGGGAAAUGAAAAUUGUAUCGCAACAAUUGUCAAUUCUAAUCUGGAUGUUUUUGCCCAUAACAUUGAAACCAUUGAGCGUUUAACGCCAUUUGUUAGAGAUAGGAGAGCUGAGUAUAGACAGUCGAUGAAUGUCUUAAAAACAGCAAAAAUACUUAAUCCAAAACUUGUUACAAAAUCAUCGAUAAUGUUGGGAUUAGGCGAAACUGACGAAGAAGUUGAACAAACCAUGAAGGACUUGAGAGACGUAGGUGUAGGUGCUUUAACUCUUGGACAGUACAUGCAACCUACAAAAAGACAUUUAAAAGUUAUUGAAUAUGUCACGCCUGGAAAAUUCAAAAAAUGGGAAAACGUUGGAAAUGAAAUGGGAUUUUUAUAUACUGCUAGUGGUCCAUUGGUACGGUCAUCGUAUAAAGCUGGAGAGUUUUUCUUAACAAACAUAUUAAAGAAAAAUAGAGAUAAAGACUGAAUUAGCAAUGAAAAUACUAUUUUAUUAUGGCCAUAAAGAUAGAUGAUAUGUAUUUAUGUAUAUUGUAGUAUAAAUUGUAAAUUUUAUUAGAAUGUAAAAAAUUGUAUCCAAGUGUAUGAAAAUUGUGUAACAAAAUUAUCAUGGUUCAAUGAUACAACGCUAAUGUAUCAAACGUGAUAGUGAUAAUAAUAAAGAUAC